AAGGAAACAAGCGCUCCGCAAGGAUAGGCAAGUCAUCGUUUUCUCCCUGUUGAAAACUGCGACUCAUUUUUCCCCAAGUAGGAAAGCGUAGGCACAACGUUUUUGACCACCCAAAAUAAACAAAGACCCCAUUUUUAUUUUUAUUUUUAUAAUAAACCUCCUCCAUUUUUCUCUCCAUUUUUUUUUGAGAUUUCCCUGAAACAAGAUGAUCGGAUCUGGUCUGUUUGGGACAACAUUUUUAACACUGGACGGCGGCGAGAUCAAGAACUUGAUCAUCGUGUGGUCGACCGUCGUGGCUUCUCUGUGUUAUUGCCACGCCGCCGCCAAUUUCCUCCCACCCAAACACGCCCUAACAAGAGCCCUAGCCAUUCUCCCCAUUGUCUCCCUCUUCUUCCUCCUCCCUUUCAACCUCACCUCUGUAACUCUUGGCACACCCUCCUGUUUCUUCAUUGCUUGGUUAGCAAGCUUCAAACUCUUCCUUUUUGCCCUUGGCCUUGGCCCUUUGGCCUCCUCCCCUCCCCUCCCCCUCUCCUCCUUCAUCCCCCUGGCUUGCUUGCCCAUCAAGUUUCGAAAACCCGUCACCGUUAGUGCAUCUGGGUCAACGGUUCUUGCUGCGGGGACAAACGUUGAUCCGGGAUCGGAUAAAACCCGGAAGUCUUCUUUGGUCGGCCGUGCCGUGAAAUUCGUGCUCUUGGCGGUGUUGAUCCGCGGGUACGGGUGCCGGGAACGGAUGCACCCGAAGGUGGUGCUCGUCUUGUACGGCCUCCACAUUUACUUCGUCCUGGAGCUGGCGCUGGUCGCAGUGGGGUAUGUGGCGGGGAGAGUGUCGGGUGUCGAGCUGGACCCGCCAUUCGACGAGCCACACCUCGCCACCUCGCUCCAGGACUUCUGGGGGAGGAGGUGGAACUUGAUGGUGACCAACAUCAUGCGCCCCGCGGUGUACGACCCGGUCCGGGCCGCGUGGGCCCGCAUCGUGCCGGGGCGGUGGGCCCGGCUCGCGGCGGUAAUGGCGACCUUCCUUGUCUCGGGGGUCAUGCACGAGUUCGUGUUCUACCACAUGGGGAGGGAGAAGCCGAGCGGCGAGGCGUUGUGCUUCUUCCUCCUGCAUGGGGCGUGUUUGGGUGUGGAGAUUUGGAUCAAGAAAUCCCUAGUUGGGAAAUUCAAGCUUCCUGGUUAUGUGUCAGGGCCUUUAGUAUUGUCAUUUUUAAUGGUUACUAGUUUUUGGCUAUUUUUCCCACCAAUGCUGAAGAAUAAGGUUGAUGUGAAAGCAUGCAAUGAGUGUCUUGCAUUCAUUGAGACUCUCAAGCAUCAUAAAUUAGUUAGUCCAAAUAAUAUUACAUGUCCUUUCUUUUGAUCACAUGCUUUUCUUCUAGGAUGGUGCUAAGAGGACCCUGAGAAUUGCACACCAAGACAAACAGAGACGUAGGUAAACACUCAAUGUCUGUGCGUGCAUAGACAAUUGAGUGUUUGUGUUUUUCUGUUGGUGUGCACUUAAUGUACAAUUGUUGAAGUCCCCCAAGUAUUUUCAUUUCUUCUACUCUCAAGGUUAAUCUACCGAGUAAUAAUGCGAUGACUGAUGG